UCCUUAUAGGCAUUGGAUGUGGGAGGACUGCAUUCAGUCUAGUUCCUGGUCGCCUGCUGAAAUAACCUGACUGAGAGCAUCACCCCCUGAACAUGGACUUGCAGAAUUCCACAGAAGAAAGGAGACUUGCCUAGACAGACAGCCCCAGGAGCUGAGGGCCCAACGGGCUUUCUACCCUGGAUGCUGCUCCCAUGCCCUGACACGAUGCCCACUACAAUGCUCUCCAAAAUGUCCACAAAGGUGACUUAAGUCAGGUUCCCCCAAACCAGACACCAAGACAAGAAUCCAUGUGCAAGUGACUGAAGGAAGUGCUGGGAGAGCCCCAGCUGCAGCCUGGAUGUGAAUUGCAACUCCGAAGUGUGUCCAGACUCAAGGCAAGGGCACUAGGCUUUCCAGACCUCCUACUAAGUCAUUGAUCCAGCACUGCCCUGCCAGGACAUAAAUCCCUGGCACCUCUAGCGCUCUGCAAAGGAGGGCAAAGCAGCUUCAGGAGCCCUUGGGAGUCCUCCAAAGAGAGUGUAGGGUACAGGUCCGAAAGUAGAAGAACAUAGAAGGCAGGCCAGGGGCACUGCGAGAUGGGAAAAGAGAUCUGAAGGGAUCCAGAAUUCAAGCCAGGAAGAAGCAGCAUUCUGUCUUCUGGAUUAAAACUGAAGAUCAACCUACUUCCAACUUACUAAGAAAGGGGAUCAUGGACAUUGAAGCAUAUUUUGAAAGAAUUGGCUAUAAGAAGUCUAGGAACAAAUUGGACUUGGAAACAUUAACUGACAUUCUUCAGCACCAGAUCCGAGCUGUUCCCUUUGAGAACCUUAACAUCCAUUGUGGGGAAGCCAUGGACUUAGGCUUAGAGGCCAUUUUUGAUCAAGUUGUGAGAAGAAAUCGGGGUGGGUGGUGUCUUCAGGUCAAUCAUCUUCUGUACUGGGCUCUGACCACUAUUGGUUUUGAGACCACGAUUUUGGGAGGGUAUGUUUACAGCACUCCAGCCAAAAAAUACAGCACUGGCAUGAUUCACCUUCUCCUGCAGGUGACCAUUGAUGGCAGGAACUACAUUGUCGACGCUGGGUUUGGACGCUCAUACCAGAUGUGGCAGCCUCUGGAGUUAAUUUCUGGGAAGGAUCAGCCUCAGGUGCCUUGCAUCUUCCGAUUGACGGAAGAGAAUGGAUUCUGGUAUCUAGACCAAAUCAGAAGGGAACAGUACAUUCCAAAUGAAGAAUUUCUUAAUUCUGAUCUCCUAGAAGACAGCAAAUACCGAAAAAUCUACUCCUUUACUCUUGAGCCUCGAACAAUUGAAGAUUUUGAGUCUGUGAAUACAUACCUGCAGACAUCUCCAGCAUCUGUGUUUACUAGUAAAUCAUUUUGUUCCUUGCAGACCCCAGAUGGGGUUCACUGUUUGGUGGGCUUCACCCUCACCUAUAGGAGAUUCAAUUAUAAGGACAAUACAGAUCUGAUACAGUUCAAGACUCUGAAUGAGGAAGAAAUAGAAAAAGUGCUGAAAAAUAUAUUUAAUAUUUCCUUGGAGAGAAAGCUCGUGCCCAAACAUGGUGAUAGAUUUUUUACUAUUUAGAAUAAGGAGUAAAACAAUCUUGUCUAUUUGUCACCCAGCUCGCCAGUUAUCACCUGAUGACCUAUCAUGUAUCUUCUGUACCCUUACCUUAUUUUGAAGAAAAUCCUAGACAUCAAGUCAUUUCACCUAUAAAAAUGUCAUCAUAUAUAAUUAAACAGCUUUUUAAAGAAACACAACCACAAACCUUUUCAAAUAAUAAUAAUAAAUGUAUUUUAAAGAUGGCCUGUGGUUAUCUUGGAAAUUGGUGAUUUAUGCUAGAAAGCUUUUAAUGUUGGUUUAUUGUUGAAUUCCUAGAAAAGUUCUAUUGGUAGAUGAGUAUAUAAAAUAUUGUAAAAAAAACUUAUUGUCUAUAAAGUAUAUUAAAACAUUGUUGGCUAAUAUGAUUUGAAAAAAAGUGGUUUUUUGGAAGACUUAGGGUAUUAUGGGGCUACAUAAUUUUUCCUCAAUUCUCUCUUCCUCUGAUCUUUCUUGUCUCUUAAAUUACUUUACUUCCUUGCACACUUUGCCAUACGAGAACGAACAUGAGCUUUUCUUGUGUGGACCUGAGUUGAAAUCCUGUGGACACUGGGUGAAUUACUUUUUAGAUCUGUAGCUCUGACUCCUUAGGCAUAAAAUGGGAAUAAUGCUUUUACAGUUCAGUGGCAGAACUAAACUCCCAACAAAUAUUUGUUAUAUGGAUCAAUUAAUAAUGUCAGUAAUGUUUUUGGUACAAAGUCAUUAUUUAAUAAAAGUUAUUGUUCUAUCUUGCUUGCCCCCC